CUUGUGACGUCGAGCCGCGGGCGUCCGGCGGUGGCGGCGGCGGCGGCGGCGGCAGCGGGUGGGAAAUGGCGGAGUAUUUGGCCUCCAUCUUCGGCACAGAGAAAGACAAGGUCAACUGUUCAUUUUACUUCAAAAUUGGAGCGUGUCGUCAUGGAGACAGAUGCUCUCGGUUGCACAACAAACCAACCUUUAGCCAGACCAUCUUGAUUCAAAACAUCUAUCGUAAUCCCCAAAACAGUGCACAGACGGCUGACGGCUCACACUGUGCUGUGAGCGAUGUUGAAAUGCAGGAACACUAUGAUGAAUUUUUUGAGGAGGUUUUUACAGAAAUGGAAGAAAAGUAUGGUGAAGUUGAGGAAAUGAAUGUCUGUGAUAACCUUGGCGAUCAUCUAGUUGGAAAUGUAUAUGUAAAGUUCCGCCGUGAAGAAGAUGCAGAAAAGGCCGUGAUUGACUUAAAUAAUCGUUGGUUUAACGGACAGCCGAUUCAUGCUGAGCUUUCCCCCGUGACUGAUUUCAGAGAAGCCUGUUGCCGUCAAUAUGAAAUGGGAGAAUGUACACGAGGAGGAUUCUGUAACUUUAUGCAUUUGAAGCCCAUCUCCAGAGAACUACGGAGGGAGUUGUAUGGGCGUCGUCGUAAAAAGCAUCGAUCCCGGUCGCGGUCUCGCGAGCGUCGGUCUCGAUCCAGAGAUCGUGGCCGCGGGGGCGGAGGCGGUGGAGGAGGCGGCGGCGGUGGUGGAGGAGGAGGAGGAGGAGGAGGAAGGGAACGGGAUAGGAGGCGGUCGAGAGAUCGGGAAAGAUCUGGUCGAUUCUGAGCCAUGCCAUUUUUACUGUAUGUCUGCUAGAAGUGUUGUAGUUGAUUGACCAAACAAGUUCAUAAUGGGAAUUUUUUUUAAAAAACAAAAAAAGAUGGGCUUCUGAAUAAAAAUUUGUAGUGAUACAGUA